AAACCUGAAUACGGAACUGAAGCAGCUGCUUUCUCGCUCUGAAGUGGCAGCAGCCAGAGAGAGGGUGCAGGUGUGGACGUGAGAAGCUGGGCGUUUAGAACAAACGCUCACACUAUUGGAGGUGGGAACUUCCGAGUGGUGGGAGACUUGGGGAGCACAGGAUGUGGAAGUCUGUAGUGGGGCAUAAUGUAUCUGUUUCCGUGGAGACCCAGGGGGAUGACUGGGACACAGACCCUGACUUUGUGAAUGACAUUUCUGAGAAGGAACAACGGUGGGGAGCCAAGACCAUUGAAGGUUCUGGACGCACAGAGCACAUCAACAUCCACCAGCUGAGGAGCAAAGUAUCAGAGGAGCAUGAUGUUCUCAAGAAGAAAGAGAUGGAAUCAGGGCCCAAAGCAUCCCAUGGUUAUGGAGGUCGGUUUGGAGUGGAAAGAGACCGAAUGGAUAAGAGUGCUGUGGGCCAUGAGUAUAUUGCUGAGGUGGAGAAACACUCUUCGCAGACUGAUGCUGCCAAAGGCUUUGGGGGCAAAUACGGAGUUGAGAGGGACAGGGCAGACAAGUCAGCAGUGGGCUUUGACUACAAGGGAGAAGUGGAGAAGCACACAUCUCAGAAAGAUUACUCUCGUGGCUUUGGUGGCCGUUAUGGGGUGGAAAAGGAUAAACGGGACAAGACAGCUUUGGGAUAUGACUACAAGGGAGAAACGGAGAAGCACGCAUCUCAGACAGAUUAUGCCAAGGGCUUUGGUGGCCAAUAUGGAAUCCAGAAGGACCGAGUAGAUAAGAGCGCUGUUGGAUUCAAUGAAAUGGAGGCCCCAACCACAGCUUAUAAGAAGACAACACCCAUAGAAGCUACUUCCAGUGGUGCCCGUGGGCUAAAGGCAAAAUUUGAGUCCAUGGCUGAGGAGAAAAGGAAGCAAGAGGAAGAAGAGAAGGCCCAGCAGAUAGCCAAGCAACAACAGGAGCGAAAAGCUGUGAUGAAGAUGAGCCGUGAGGCCCAGCAACCAGUAGUGCCUGUGGAAGAACCAGUAGCACCCACACCUGUCCCAUUGCCCAAGAAAAUCUCCUCAGAGGCCUGGCCUCCAUCCAACAGUCGUCCACCUCCAGAGCCAGAGCCAGAGCCUGAGCCUGUAAGAGCCAGCAGCGAAUGCCCAGUGCCCUCCCUGCCCACCAGGCAGACUCCCCCAGAGGACACUGAUGAGCCCCCAGCUCUGCCGCCUAGGACUCCUGAAGUCUUUCAGCUGCAGGAAGAGCCAGUGUAUGAAAUAGAGCCUGAGCCUGAGCCGGAGAAUGACUAUGAGGAUGUGGGGGAGGUGGAUGGGCAGGAGGACGACGAAGCAGAAGGGGACUAUGAAGAUGUUCUGGAACCCGAGGACUCCCAUUUUCCCUCUGCCCAGGCUGGAUCAUCAGGCAGCCCAGCUGGAGCUGGCACCAUGGGUACCUCAGCUAUAGCUCUGUAUGAUUACCAAGGAGAGGGAAGUGAUGAGCUUUCCUUUGAUCCAGAUGACAUCAUCACUGACAUUGAGAUGGUGGAUGAGGGCUGGUGGAGGGGACGGUGCCAUGGCCACUUUGGACUCUUCCCUGCAAAUUAUGUCAAGCUUCUCUAGUGACUGGUGUUCACUGUCUCCUGCAGCUGUGACUUCUCAUGUUCAAAGUGCCUCUGCCUCCACCCACUCCCUGUUCCUGCUGCAAAUGUCUAACAGGAUGUCAUAGGUCACCCAAGGGUCUGAACAGACUUCCCUCUCCUGCUUCAUUAAGGGCUUCAGGCAGACACAGCACAGGGUAGGGAGUCUCCUUCCUCUCAGUGUCCUCUCUACCCUGAAUUAGCUCAUAGUUUAUCUUGUGGUCCUGCCUCCUUUAGCUCCCCAUCUCUGCUCUAUGCUCUCAUGAGCUCUGGGCUUCUGGUUUGCUUACCUAGGAAGGAGGUCUACACUGCCUGGCUGUGCUUUUGCCUGCUUUUUUUUCUUAUAGAGAUAGCUCUAAACUUUCUCUCCAUUCAGUCCUAAAAUGGAAAUAAAGUGGAAUUAUGGUUCAUCUCUACAUUGAGGUAAAUAGUACUUUAUGUGCAGCUCUCAAUGACCCUAACGCUCAACGAAAUCUCCUGCCCUUUCCAAGGCACAUCCAGAAGACUCCUUUUGUCUCUUUCCUAGUGGUCUAGUGGCCAGGACGUGGUGCUCUCAGAUGACCCACUCUAACUGUUGACCAUCCCUUUGCACCCUGGAAGUCAAGACCUAGCCUGUACCUUAAACCCAGUCCAAAACAGGCCAGCCUGUGGUAUGGCAGGGGGCCAGAUGGUGUCCAGAUCAAGGCAGUUCAGCUUCUUUUAGUUUUAUCAGUUGUGUGAAGCCAGCUGCCUGCCAAGGAGUAAUGACUAUCCUCUUUUAAUGCAUAGUGAUUCUUGAAGCACAAAUUAGAGGAAAAGAAGUAAGUAAAAGGGGGAGUUGACCAACAGAAAAGACUGUUGGAAAACAGACUUAGGCAAGGUCAAUGAUGAUGUAGAGGCAGAGACAGUGGCCUCUGCUCAAGAAAGUCUAGGCUUCUUGGUAGUUGGGUGGCUGAGAUCAAAGACCAAGAAAGAGGGUGGAUGGAGGAAGUUCAUGAGAUUUCUAUGUGGUCCUAGCCAAGGGAGGUAGGAAAAGAAGUGAGGACAUUUGGACAACCAGUGAAUUCCCAAGCAUGAUAUGGGGAUGAGAAAGAAUGAGAGGCCAGCCCUAGCAUACUAUGCUCAGCCUCAGCAAGGCCAGAGACAGGGGAUCCUCUGGCACAAUCAAAAUAAAAGUCAGGGAUAUGGUAUAGGACAUUUUUGGUUGAAAGAACAUAGAAGUCUUUAUAACCCGUAUCAAAAUCAUGUCCAGCUUUCAAAGAUGGAGAAGGCGUUGAGAUCAAGGAGGAGCUAGGAUUAGUGGCUGAAACCUACAAUUGCUCCAGGGCUUCCUAGAUAGAGUUGGUGAACUGCCCAUGGGUCUAGAACCUUGUACACUUCAGGUUUGUUCCUUGGCUUUUCUUCAAGACACACUCCUUGGUUACAAUGAUGACUUUUAUGUCAGUGAAUUCACAAGUCAGCAUCAAGACCUAAUUCACAAGAUCCACGCACUUAGUUUUAGAGUGUAAAGCAGCUUUUAUUUCUUCUUAUAGAGACUGGCAUUCCAGGUAUAUAGACAUAAGUUGCCAUAGAUAUAUUCAAUCUCAUUCUUCAUUUCCAUUUGAUUUGAUAUCACACAUAAAUUAGAAAUUUUACAAUGAUUUUCUUGAUACAUUUUGUUCUCACCUAGCUUUUCACUUUUCCCUUCAUUAUAAGAUGGAAACUUCUUUUCUAGAUCCCUAUCUUGAUGAGCCUUUCCAGCUCAGGUCUACAGACCUCACCCUCCACAUUCAAUUGCCUUUCUCCUUGGUGUUGGUGCUCAUUAAGAGUUCUACUCAUAGAUGUUUCCCUGCCCAAGCUCUGUACCUGCAACACAUUCCUCCUCACCCCCCUCACCUGCUUCUUCAUAUGAAGACACAUCUGCAUCUUGCCUCACUGCUUAUGAUACUCACAACAGCUUCACCUCACAGAUCAAUCAUCUGUUUAACACAGUUUCUCUUAAAGGGUCCCCUUUUGCUCCACCUGCCCUCUUCCCAUAAAACAUGCUUAUUUCUAGGGACCAGGGGAUAUCUGCAGUAUGCUAGUUUCCUGCAGCUGACAAUUAGAUAAAUGUGUUAUAAAAUGUGUUUGAUGGUGUUGACCAAUUUACUACUGCGAUGAAGGCAGACAUAGGUAGAGGAGAGUGUGGCUGGAAGUGUUCCCCACACAGAGCAGGUCCAUGUCAGAGUGUCCUGACUGCUCUCCUGGACUAAGCUGCCCAGCUUGUAAAGGGAAAGCCCUCUGCCCUCCUCUUGUCUUUCUACUACACUUUGCUCCUAAUCCAUCUCACUGGUGCCCCUGAUGUUCAUCUUCAUCAGUCUGUAGUUCCUCUUUCUCUUUCUUUCUAAUAAGAAACCUAGAAUGGGCUUUGGGAACUUCAUUCUUCAUAUAGGAAGGACCAGAUUCAAAACACGUGGAACAGAUGCCUGGAGAAUACACUCAGUGUUUAGUGGUCAUUCACCUUCACUGAACAAAACCUAAGAUCACACUCUAGUUAUAUUUUUAGAAAAUGAUGACUUAUAAACAAAUGUGAAAUAUAAGCCAAACAAUAAAUAUUAGGAAAAGUAGAAUUGCAUAAGCAAAUAGUACCAAGUGGAUACAUUAUAAUGAAAGA